GAUGUUUUUAAAUACAUGCGGCUGGAGCUUGUUGAAGCGAGUUAUUUUCUGUUUGGCAAUGCACUUCGUACGUUAGGGUAGCCCGUAAACUGAAACGGGUGAGCCACGUUGGAAACAUGGCAAAGUUUUUCACUCGAUUGAAUUUUAUUAAAUUGGGUUGGCGAUUUCUCAGCACUAGUAGUUUGGGGAGGAGCCCUGUCCAUGUGCCACCUGCCUCUCAACGCUUCUACAGUAGCGUUAUAGGUCACCCCUCCUUCGGACUACUGUUUGAUAUUGAUGGCGUUCUGGUGCGUGGAAGAACACCCAUACCUGCAGCCAAACAGUGUUUCAGGAAUCUGGUGGAUAGAGAUGGGAAAUACAAAGUCCCUGUUGUCUUCGUGACAAAUGCAGGGAACUGUGUUAGGCAAACCAAGGCUGAACAACUGUCUCACCUGCUUGAAGUUGAGGUGUCUCCAGAUCAAGUCAUGUUGUCCCACAGCCCAUUGAGAGUCUUCAGUCAGUUUCAUGACAAAUGCGUGCUUGUGUCUGGCCAGGGACCAAUCUUGGAGGUGGCCAACAAUCUCGGGUUUCAAAAUGUUGUGACCAUAGAUAUGCUUCGGGAAUCGUAUCCCCUUCUUGAUGUGGUGGAUCACCAUCGCAGACCUAAGAACUCAGUACCUCAAACCAGGGAUCUUCCACCAAUAGAAGCCGUUAUUCUAUUUGGUGAGCCAAUCAGAUGGGAGACGAACCUUCAGCUGAUUGUGGAUGUUCUCCUCACUAAUGGGAAGCCUGGGAAUACGGUGACCUCUCUGCAGUACCCUCACAUCCCUGUGCUAGCCUGUAACAUGGAUCUCCUGUGGAUGGCAGAGGCCAAAAACCCAAGAUUUGGCCAUGGGAUGUUCCUCGUCUGUCUAGAGAGCAUCUACAAGAAGGUCACUGGUCGUGAGUUAAAGUACGAGGCUUUGAUAGGGAAGCCCAGUGUGGUGACCUACAACUACGCAGAGCUGCUGAUCCGCAAGCAGGCCGAGACUCUCGGCUGGACUUCGCCGGUUGAGCGUCUGUAUGCCAUUGGUGAUAACCCAAUGGCCGAUAUCUAUGGAGCCAACCUCUACAACCGCUACCUGAAAGCGUCUCGCCGCGUCCGAGCACAGAUGCAGGCUCAGGGAGGGGGAAACCCGAGACAGGAGAUGGACGAAGUAGCGGGACCGGACGUGGCCAUGGGGGAUGUGGGGGACGACCCUCUGCCCGUAGGCUGCAGCUCCAUCCUGGUCUGCACGGGGGUCUACAACCGGGACCAGCAGGACCUUCCCCCGGACCCGGACGAGACGGUCACCGAGCAGCGCAUCUUCCACGGCCACCGUGACUUUCGCUUCGACCCCAGCCUCACUCAGCCCUCCUUCGUUGUGCAGGAUGUGCGUGAGGCCGUGGAGCUGGUCUUCCAGCAAGAGAGCUGCCCACUGGACUAGAGCCGUAAGUUUCUGAUGAGCACAGACGCACAAAAAACACUGUCAAGGCCUACUGUCAAAGAGGAGCAGAUGGAGGUCUCACUGACAUCUGAGGGAUUUUCACCUCCCUGUGUUUUACUGUAUAGCAGCUACAAAAUGAUGAAAGAUAUGGCAAAUGUCUACUGGUUUCCAGAGUAUAUUCGCAUAUGCCAAACUGGCCUUUGAGGCUAUUAACUUCACAUGCAACUCCAGUAUCUUAAUAUGAACCUUGAUCAUCUGUCAUAAAUCAGUAGAACAGAGAUCAAAGAGCAGUAGGUCAUAACGCAUUUCUUUCAUCAUUCAAUACUCUGUCAAAAUCUGAUGUGGGCAUAGGAUUGACAUUUUGUCAGACAUCCCUGUGUACAUAUUACUCAAACGACUCCAUAAAUCUUAAAUAAAUGUUAAACUGUGGUCAUUCAGUGUUCCGUCCAUGGAGCCAAUUAAGAGAUGGGAGAUUGAUGAAAGCCUUUUUAACCUCAGCAUUGCAGGGAUUCCUACACAGUCGUCUGGCACAGAUACACUUUUAAGUUAAAUACAUUUACAUAAUGUAUAUAAUAUGUUAUUGCUUUAUGAUGGAAAUAGUGUAUGACACACACUAUGUGGUUAUGGUACAGAGUUAUUGUUUCUCAGUUCAGUUGAAUGUUUGCAGUUUUUUUUUAUUGUAAGCUUGAGAACAAACAGGAGAGUAAGUCCUACUCCGUCUGUUGAUUGGUGUUGCACAUUACCAUGUUAUUGCCCAGUUUUUAAGGUGAUAAAUGUUAAACAGGAGUCUCCUGUUUUUUCAUUUUUACAAGUUUUAUUGGUUUACAUAACCAUAUGAACUUAUGAAUUGCUUUUAUGUUAUGCAUUAUACAUGUACUGAAAUAUUUUUAAGCCAUAGAUUUUCUCCAAAAUAUGUUGUUGAAUAAAUACACACUGUUCAA